UAACGUCCCCCGGUGCUGUUCCGUGUGCACGGCCCGGGGGUCUCAGUGCCGCCUGAGCUCGGUGCCGUGGUUGCUCUCAGUGCUGCGGUGACCUUUUCUUGCUACAGAAAAGCUGCUUGAGUUCCCCAGCAGCUCUGGCAACAAAGCGUCCGUUGGCAUGCUCUGUCCCGCUGGCUGAGGUGUUGGUCUGAACAAAAACUCUGUGCAGCACUGACACGUGGUGAGCAAAAGCCAAAUCGCAGAAUCAUUAAGGUUGGAAAAGACCUCUGAGGUCAUUAAUGCUUCGAGGAGGGGGCUGCUUCUAAUCCUCGGGGGCGUUAUGGAAUUGUCUCCUCCUGAAGCUGCACAGAGGUGCCCUGUAGGCGCUUGCUGCUGCCUGGUGAAGGACAGCCCUGCUGGUUCUGCCCGCGAUGCGCUGUGUGUUCGCAGAGGCUCAGUACAGCUCUGCAUUCCUGCACUGCGCUCCUCUCUCAGACUGGGACUUUUCCCCAGCUGGGAGCAUUGUGCCUGGUGUCAUUUUCAGUAUGAAAUGGUCUGGUUUGGUUAGCAACAUGUGCUUUUUUUUUAUUUUUAUUUUAAACUUACGCCAUCUAUCCAUGUACUUUCACGCUGCAAACAAUAGUAGUGUUCGCGUGGUGGUAGGAUUUACCCAUGUGGGUGACGUCUGCGUUUCUCCCAAUCUCCGAUGAGUGGGGCAUUGUUAGCAGCAGCCACACCUCGCUGUAAAAGUGUCAGCACGUGUGAGUCACACGCUGAUGUGUGUGUGUGUGUGUGUGUGUGUGUGUGAGGAAAGUCCUGCUGCGCUGAUGGACGGGCUGUGCCGUGCACCUAGCAACAUCAGCUGUAAACGAAAAUAACUCCCAGAGCAACGCGGCUUUCCCCCUGCGCUCAGGACGUGGGCUGGUGUGGGGCUGCACAGGGAUGUGGCCGUGCUGCUGCGCGGAGGGGUGAAGCUGGAAUCGGUGUUUGUGUAACCCAGCAGGGAACUCCCAGCGAUGAGUCCUUGGCGAGCUCGUGUGUUGAUGCAUCAGGAGGGUUUGGAGCAGCCCAGCCUGCUGCCAGCUCGUGGUCACGGCGCUGGAAUCCUGCGCUUCGGAGCUCCCCGCUGGGGGCUGGGAAGGGAUUUCCUCUCCCCGACGUGGUUCUACCUGUGGAAGUGGUGUUGUCCCCACGAGGCAGUGCCUGCACGUGGGCAAGAGCCCUCGACCUUCCGACCAGCCAGGCUUCUCCGAGGUGAGGACUCCUGUCUCCUGAGACGCUGGAAAACCUAGUUUGGAAGAAGAGUGAAGAUUCAGUUGAUGCCGAACUAUAGCCAAGGAUGAAGCGGCGAGCAUCAGACAGAGGAGCUGGGGAAACAUCCACUAAGGCAAAAGCUCUUUGUACGGGGAUUUCUGGAAAUAAUGCCAAGAGAGCAGGCCCCUUCAUACUGGGUCCACGUUUAGGUAACUCCCCUGUGCCAAGUAUUGUUCAGUGUUUGGCAAGGAAGGAUGGGACAGAUGACUUUUAUCAACUAAAGAUUCUGACCUUAGAAGAGAGGGGCGAUAAAGGAAUAGAAACACAGGAGGAACGACAGGGCAAGAUGCUGCUGCACACGGAGUAUUCUCUCCUUUCCCUGCUCCACAAUCAGGAAGGAGUGGUUCAUCACCAUGGGCUCUUCCAGGACCGAGCUUGCGAAAUUAUAGAAGAUCUAGAAGCCAACAGAAUGGUCAGAAAAAUGAAGAAGCGUAUUUGCCUUGUGUUAGACUGUCUCUGUGCUCAUGAUUUCAGUGACAAAACAGCAGAUCUGAUCAAUCUGCAGCAUUAUGUCAUUAAGGAGAAGAGGCUCAGUGAGCGAGAGACGGUUGUGAUAUUUUAUGAUGUGGUACGAGUGGUGGAAGCAUUACAUAAGAAAAAUAUUGUGCACAGAGACUUGAAACUAGGAAACAUGGUGCUAAACAAAAGGACUCAUCGGAUAACCAUAACGAACUUCUGUCUGGGGAAGCACCUAGUGAGUGAGGAUGAUCUUCUGAAGGACCAGCGGGGGAGCCCAGCCUACAUCAGCCCCGAUGUGCUCAGUGGCCGGCCGUACCGCGGCAAACCCAGCGACAUGUGGGCGCUGGGCGUCGUGCUCUUCACCAUGCUCUAUGGCCAGUUCCCCUUCUACGACAGCAUACCUCAGGAGCUCUUCCGCAAAAUCAAGGCUGCCGAGUACACCAUCCCCGAGGACGGACGGGUCUCAGAGAACACUGUGUGCUUGAUCCGAAAACUGCUCGUCUUGGAUCCGCAGCAGCGCCUGACGGCUUCUGAAGUGCUGGAUUCGCUCAGCUCCAUCAUAGCAUCGUGGCAGUCCAUGUCGUCGCUGAGCGGCCCUUUGCAGGUGGUGCCGGACAUCGACGACCAGGUGGCCAACCCCGAACACCCGCAGGAGGCGAAGGUGACGGAGGAGUGCUCGCAGUACGAGUUCGAGAACUACAUGAGGCAGCAGCUGCUCCUGGCCGAGGAGAAGAACACCUUGCACGAGGCCAAGAGCUUCCUGCAGAAGCGGCAGUUCGGGAACAUCCCCCCCGUGCGGCGCCUGGGCCACGACGCGCAGCCCAUGAACCCUCUGGACGCGGCCAUCCUGGCCCAGCGCUACCUGCGGAAGUAGCAUCCCCCGCCUCCGGGAGCACGAGCAGCCCGCUCCCAGCUCGCCUCCUGCAGCCCAGCAGCAAUACCCGUGUGUCCCGCGGCGGAGAAUCAUGUAGCAGUUCCUCUGAGCUCUGCUCGGGGACACGCACUCUGGAGGGAGAAGACUUUUCACGAAGCUCCUUUGGGAAGCAGCGGCCUCUCGGCGUCUUCUGGAAUCUCUUUUUUUUUUUUUAAAUCGAAGCCUCGUUGACUAAUCUGCUUCUAAUCACGACUGUAAUCUACCUCUCUUGUCUUUUUAACCGUGCUGUUCUCUGGACCGAGCAAAGCCUGUGGGAAAGGAGACUCCCAGGGCGAAGCUGGCUUGCUGGCACGAGAGUUUGCGGCUGUGUAGCAUGGAGAGUCGGCCGCUCGCGUUCACUCCAUAUGGUUUGAAUAAGCUUGGAUUGAUCCGGGUUUCUUGAAAGUCAGAAUUUCCUGAAGCCUCCCACUUC